UAAUACCCGAGGCAUAAAAGACGCAUUUUCUACGGGAUCCCGAAACCACCAGCCACCCCGACCUAAUUCAUGAUGAGCCCACCAACUUCCUGGCGAGAUGCCUACGGUUAAAAACAACCGACAUGUCAAGAUCCAAAUUCGAAUUGGUUCCUGGUCCUGGUCAGAGACCACCGUGUUCGCGCCGGCGGUCCAACAAAGAGGCGAAGUAGUGGUGUCUUUCUUUCCAUUACGAACGACACGCUUCGCCUGCUCCCUCCCCGUGUCCAUUAGCGCUCCUGUCCAGAGCGAAGAGAAGGCGAAAAAGCGCCGCCGAAGCAGCAUGAGCAGGCUUCUAUUGCUACGCAACAAUAGAGCAGGCGCGCCGCCCACAAAAUGUUUGAAUGAUCGGGUAAAGAGCGAGCUUCUUAUAUGGGAUCCGACGCAUCCAGCAGAGCGAAGCAGCGUUCCAUUCUUUUCGGCGGCAUCCUUCCGCAUUGGCGGCGAGUGGAGUGCCACAAUCCCAUUCAUCAUUUUUGAUCUACAUAACCCAAAGCCCAUAGCACUGGCGACAUCUCCGGCAUAAAUGCAAGGAGGAUGUAUAGCUGAUAUAGGAUCUUGUGGAACUGGAUUUGAUUCUGCAAGCGGUUCGGUACGAACGAAGAAAUUUCGAACAAAAGGAUCGGAACUCGCUGAUAGGAAAGGAGAGAAAAACAAAGCAAUGCCAAGAGCUCCGUCAAUCUGCUGUUCAUCGAUAGACGAAGCUCUCUCUUUUUCAUCUCGUGCCAGAUGUAACAAAAGAUUAGUCCUUUUUCCUUCUCGCGAACCACGGGAGCGCCCAGCGCCCAGAAGAGCAAAGCUCAUUUUCAAAACAGGGUCAAGCGGCGCAUUAAAAAGGGCUGGCCCGUUAAAAGGACGCUUACUUUGCGAACGAAGUUCAGAAUCAACAAGGGUUCUCCGAACGAAGGGAGUGUACAACUGGGGCGCAGCCCGACUUUUUUGUUGGAGAGAUAGAAUGGAGUUCUUCACGAAGUUCGAGACAAAGGAAAAAAUAAAAGUUUCUCUAUAGCCUCUUCGUUUUGAGACAUUAUGGCUUUGGGGUCGACCCCGGUAACAAAAAAGGAAUCCAUAAAAACUUGGGAUCCAACACCAUGAUAAAAUACUACCCUCAUGAUUAGACUAUGUCCCUGAGAUUUGAUAAAAAAAGGUGCAUUAGCGGUUAAUACGUUGUAAUUAGAUAAGUUAUUUGGAAUAUGACGGAACGAAAGACCAAGGAAAGGAAGAAGAAUGCACCAAAAUGCAAGUGCUGCACCAAACGCUGGUGGUUGUUUCUUGUUGUAAGUGAAUGCAACGAAAAGACCCGGAAAUAACGAAUAAUGAGAAAAUUCAUUUAUAGACAUUUCGUGCUCAUUUCCAAAUUUAUGCUUAGUUAUUCCCAUCAUCCGGUAACCACAGGAUGAUCCCAAUCUCCUUUUAGUAAUAGAUCUUUUUGAUAUGUCUCAGUCUCAGCGGCAAGGAAGAGAAAAUGCAUCGAGUCGUUUAUCAAGAAAGUGGACGAGCAUGGCGGUCC